AUUCCUCGACCCUUUCAAAAACUUGAUGAAAGCAUAUAGGUCGGUAAGUCAGCCAUUUCCGGUGGCAGUCAUUAAAUCUCCGGCGAACCUGGCCGCUGUGCUCUCUCAAGUGGAGAAAGCAUAGGAUAUUUUAGAAUGUGCUGUCGAGAAUCAGUACGAAGCACAUCAAUCCAACUCCCCCUUUUCAUCCAUAAAUAAUGUCAGCAUGCUCUUUCAUUCAACACUCACAACAACCUUUCCUUCUUCUUCUUCUUCUUCUUCUUCUUCAACAUCAUCCCUUCUCUUCCCUCUCUCAGACUCUGCUCUGCUACCUACAGAGAGUAACAACAACAACAAUAUGGUCAAAUUCUCUAAGCAGUUUGAGGGACAAUUGAUCCCUGAAUGGAAACAUGCUUUUGUUGAUUAUUGCCAACUAAAGAAUGACCUCAAGAAACUCUAUCUUCUUAAAACUGAUAACAAGCCCGACUCUACCGCCGCCACCGGCACGGUUGCGAGGACCGUCUUGUCUUCUAUAAAGAAUUUCUCUAUAUUUGGUCACCAACUCAGAGAUCAUGGACCUAUUCAUGUUCAUAAGAAACUUGCUUCCUCUGUUAGCAAGGGAGACAUGUACGAAACAGAGCUGCUGGAACAAUUUGCUGAUACAGCUGCAGCAAAGGAAUUCUUUUCAUGUUUGGAUUUCCAGCUGAAUAAGGUGAAUCAAUUCUUCAAGACAAAGGAGACAGAGUUCAUGGAGUUGGGAGAGAGCUUGAAGAAACAACUGGAGAUUCUCAUUGACCUGAAGACGGCGAUCCAGCACCGGUGCCAGACCAGAGAUAUCACGCCGGAUUCCAAGGAGGAUGGCUCCAUCUCCUAUACAAUUUCUGGUGAGUCUGAUAAGGACAAAACAGAGCAAGAACAGUCCCAAGAGAAUAUCAAUGAAGAAUUGGAGAAGACUGAAUUGGCAUUUUCAGACUCUCCAAGAUCAGAAGAAAUGGGAAACUCAACGAAAACUAAAAGCUUGGACCCAAAAUGGAGAUCCGUCUCGGGUCAAGUUAUAAGUUUUCAAGGGAAGAACAUAAAGAUGAACAUUCCUCUGACAACCCCAUCUCGGACUUUCUCAGCCAUAAGCCAUUUAUUCAAGGAAGAUUUAACGAACUCAAAGAAAUCCAAUGAAGGCACAAAACUUCACAUUAACAAGACCAGGGUGCACCAUGCAGAGAAGAUGAUUAAAGGAGCUUUUGUUGAGCUUUACAAAGGGUUGGGCUUUCUCAAAACUUACAGGCAGUUGAACAAGCUUGCCUUCAUAAAGAUUUUGAAGAAGUUUGACAAAGUCACUGGAAAACAAGUUCUUGCCAUUUAUCUGAAAGUUGUGGAAAGUUCCUAUUUCAACAGUUCAGACAAGGUAAUAAAGCUAGCAGAUGAGGUAGAGGAGUUAUUUAUCAAAAACUUUGCUGAGGAAGACAAAAGGAAGGCCAUGAAGUACCUUAGACCAAAACAGCGUAAAGAGUCACACGGCAUUACGUUCAUAGUCGGACUGUUCAGUGGGUGUUUCAUUGCACUACUCGUGGGUUAUGUUAUCAUGGCUCAUAUCAUGGGGACGUACAAAAGGCACCCUUUCUCACUGUACAUGGAGACUGUAUAUCCAGUACUCAGCAUGUUCAGCUUGAUGUUCUUACAUUUCUUUCUGUAUGGCUGCAACAUCUUUGCCUGGAGAAAGACUCGAAUAAAUUACAGCUUCAUUUUAGAGUUAUCAGCCACAAAGGAACUUAAAUACAGAGAUGUGUUCUUGAUUUGUACCACUUCAAUGACUGCUGUUAUGGGGGUAAUGUUUGUUCAUUUGGCACUGCUUUCAAAAGGGUACUCUAUUACUCAAGUUCAAGUGAUACCUGGCCUUCUCUUGCUGCUUUUCUUGCUAUUACUUGUGUGCCCCUUCAACAUUUACUAUCGAUCAAGCCGCUACCGUUUCCUUCGUGUGAUGAGAAAUAUAGCCUUUUCACCUCUCUACAAGGUACUGAUGUUGGACUUCUUCAUGGCAGACCAACUAUGUAGUCAGAUCCCAAUGCUACGAAACCUCGAGUACAUGGCCUGCUACUACAUAACAGGAAGCUACAAAACACAGAAUUACAACUACUGUAUGAACGCCAAGCAUUACCGAGACCUCGCUUAUGCAGUUUCGUUUCUACCUUACUACUGGAGGGCAAUGCAGUGUGCAAGGCGCUGGUUUGAUGAAGGGCAGACAAGCCACCUCGUCAAUCUAGGAAAGUAUGUCUCGGCAAUGUUGGCUGCAGGGUCCAAAGUGGCAUAUGAAAAAGACAAGACCAAAGGAGUUGGAUGGUUAUGUCUAGUGGUGAUUAUGUCAAGUGGAGCAACUGUGUACCAAUUGUAUUGGGACUUUGUAAAGGAUUGGGGUUUGCUUCAAGUGAAUUCCAAAAAUCCAUGGCUUAGGAAUGAUUUAAUGCUUCGAAGAAAGACCAUUUACUACGUCUCCAUGGGCUUGAAUUUUAUUCUCAGGCUUGCAUGGUUGCAAACUGUUCUCCAUUCAACUUUUGGACAUGUCGACUCGAGAGUUACCGGAUUAUUCUUAGCAGCUCUUGAAGUCAUUAGAAGAGGGCUGUGGAACUUUUUCAGGUUGGAGAAUGAGCAUCUCAAUAAUGCUGGAAAAUUUAGAGCAGUUAAUCCAGUACCACUUCCAUUUGAUGAAGUUGAUGAGGUAGACUGAUGCCUGUCAGCAACAGUCACAGACGGAAUUCGAAUCAAUGCCUGAACAAAAGUUUCCGGAGGAAUCUUAUUGUCCCCUUUCACCAUCAGAAAGGAAGUCACUUGAUUCUUGUUAUUUGUGGUUCAGUUCAUAUACUUGUAUACAAUUUUUUUUU